AUGAAAGCAUUCCAAUCUGAAGAUUUAUAUUUGAAUCGAGCGAAAUUCGUUAUGAAAUAUUUGGGAGUUUGGAUAAUUUUUAUAGGUCAAGUAUGGGGAGAUUUGGUUGCUGUGUCUCAGUCCUCCUAUUUAUUAUUUACACAGGCCUGUCUAUGUUUCAAAGUUACAGCUGUACAGAUCAAUGUAAAUUCAGUCAAAGAUUUGCUGAAAAGAAUGAAUGAUGAAAUAUUUUUACCACAGUCGAAGGAACACGAGAGAAUCCUGAAAUUGCAAGCUAGAAGAAUCAAACGGUUAUUAUUGGCCUUCAUGAUCAGUUCCCAAACUACUUGCGGUCUUUGGGCCUUGAAGCCGCUCUUUGACGAUGUCGGUAGUCGCAAAUUUCCGUUUGAUAUGUGGAUGCCUGUCACCCCAGAAUACUCGCCGCAAUAUGAGCUUGGCUACGCUUUUCAGCUACUAACUAUCUGCAUGAGCGCCUAUAUGUACUUCGGAGUCGACAGCAUAGCCCUUUCCAUGGUCAUAUUUGCUUGCGCCCAGUUGGAAAUCGUAAAGGAUAAGAUAUUGAGUAUAAAAUCUGUACAAUUUGGCAAUAAAAGUGAAGUAAAUAACGAAAGAAUAACGAAAAUGAAAGAAAACAAUAACAAACUAAUCGAGUGUAUCAAGCAACAUCAGGCGAUAGUUUUGUUUACAGAACUUGUGGAAAACACAUAUCAUACAUUUUUAGCUUUUCAACUCGUUGGAAGCGUUGGACUUAUUUGUAUGUCAGCAUUACGAAUUUUAGAGGAUGACUGGCGAAGCGUACAAUUCUAUUCAAUAUUGACAUAUCUGUCUGUUAUGAUAAGUCAAUUGUUUGUAUGCUGUUGGUGCGGACACGAAUUAACCGCUACGAGUGCAAAUCUCCACACCGUGCUAUACAACUGCACAUGGUACGAACAGGACUUGAAGUUCAAAAAAAUGUUCUGUAUCGCCAUGAUGCGCAUGAGUCGACCGAUGGUGCUGCGCGCUGGUCAUUACAUCACUUUAUCGAGACAGACGUUUGUGUCUAUACUCCGAAUGUCGUAUUCAUACUUCGCUGUCUUAAAUCAAACAAAGAAUUAAUUGCAUCGACAAAUUCUACGUGUAGAGUUAAUAUAGAAAAUUUAAAAAAUUGUAUAGCACGACGUUCGCUUUGCCUGUGCUUAAUGUAUAAUUAAAGUUAAAAGUUUUUAUAAUUAUUUCACCUCACAUAAUUGCUUAGUGUAAGUUUGUAAACAAACUCCAUUAGAGUUUUCUGUUAAUUAUUGUCAAUAAUUUAAAUGUGUAGACAUUAUACAGAAUGUUAUGAUUCACAAAUAUAGAAUAUUUGUUUAAAAUUUUGCUAUUAUAAUAAUGCUACUGGCAAAAAAAGUAAAUAAAAAAAAACUUGGAUUUUCAUUUAAUCGUCGUGUAAGUUAUCUGAACAAAUCCUGAUUUAUAUAUAAAUAAAUAAACGCUUCACACUCAA